AGAGCGGAGCCCGGAGUUCUCAGCGCUGAUGGUGAAUAGCCGCUGUUGCGGUAACGGGCGGAGGAGAAGAAGCCGCAGAGGGAGUCAGCAGUGGCAGGGAGAGACAGUUCGGAGUUAGUCUUUUAAAUUUAGCAGUAUUACGUCUAUUGUCGGAUCUUUACAAACCUCAGAAGGGAAGGAAGGGGUGAAAAUAAGGAAAGAUGGCGGCCGCGGCCUCGCCGGCCUCCGGCUCGUCCACCUCCUCAGACUGGAUUGUACUGAGAGACGGUUGCCUGCGUUGUGACGAGGAGGGCCUGCGGAGCCUCUCCUACCACCCGGCCCUCAACGCUAUCCUGGCCGUCACCAGCCGCGGCAGCAUCAAAGUCAUCGACGGCACUUCAGGGGCCAUUCUCCAGGCUUCGGCGCUGCACGCUAAACCUGGCGGACGGGUCAGGUGCCAGUACUUUCCUGCAGUGGACAAGGUGCUUUUUGUGGACGACUAUGCAGUGGGAUGCAGGAAGGACCUAAACGGCAUUCUGCUCCUGGACACAGCUUUGCAGCCUCCUGUGGCAAAGCCGGAGGACAUGGUUCAGCUGGAGCUGCCGGUCACUGAGGCCCAGCAGAUGUUGUCAGCCUGUCAAGAAAAGAUCGAUGUGUCCAACAUAGAGGGCUAUGAACUCUUCAUCACCCAGCUCAAAGAAGGCCUGAAGAAUACCUCACAUGAGACGGCAGCCAAUCACAAAGUGGCCAAGUGGGCGACAGUGACCUUCCAUCUCCCCCACCAUGUGCUGAAGCUGGUGGCCAGCGCCAUAGUCAAUGAGCUAAAAAAGAUCAACCAGAACGUAGCUGCCUUGUCUGUGGCCUCAUCCAUCAUGGACAGGCUUUCCUACCUCUUGUCGAGCGCAAGGCCUGAGCUUGGGGUGGGCCCUGGCCGCUCUGUAGAUAGAUCUUUAAUGUACAGCGAGGCCAACAGGAGGGAGACUUUCACAUCGUGGCCACAUGCUGGGUACAGGUGGGCUCAGCCUGAUCCAAUGGCUCAAGCGGGGUUUUACCAUCAGCCUGCCUCAACAGGUGAUGACAGAGCCAUGUGUUUCACCUGCAGCGUGUGCCUAGUAUGUUGGGAGCCUACGGAUGAGCCAUGGUCUGAACACGAGCGGCAUUCUCCCAAUUGUCCAUUCGUGAAGGGAGAGCACACGCAGAAUGUGCCACUGUCAGUGACACUGGCGACCAGCCCCGCCCAGUUUCCCAACAACCCUGACAGUUCGGACAAAAUUGCCUGCUAUGGUUUUGGAAGCUGUCCGCAGUUCCUGGCUGCUGCCACGAAGAGGGGAAAGAUCUGCAUCUGGGAUGUCUCCAAAAUGAUGAAGGUGCACUUAAAGUUUGACAUCAACCCGUACGACCCGGCCAUCCUGAGGCAGCUGAUCCUGUGUGGGGGCGUGCAGAGCCAGCAGACGCUAACGGAGUCUCGGAGACCAACGCUAGCUUGGCUUGAGGAGUCUUCCUCCUGCUCGGACCUGCCCAAGUUGGAGGGAGACAGUGAUGAUCAGUUGGAGGAUUCCGACAGUGAUGAGCAUUCCCGGUCCGAGUCUGUAACAGGCCAGCAGUCUCAGUGGGAGAGCAUGGAUGUGAGCCUUGGGGUGACAGCACUGAGUGUUCUCCAGCAGCCAGAGAAGCUCCAGUGGGAGGUGGUUGCCAGCGUGCUGGAGGACACAGUCAAGGACCUGGAGGAGCUGGGGGCCAACCCCCCUCUGAACCAAGCCAAGUCUCACUGCCAGGCGAAAGCAAAGGACAAGGUCCCUGACCAUCAUAACAUUCCCUUCCCCUGUCUUCUGGCUGGAGGCCUGCUCAGCUACCGCUCACCAUCCAGUACCCCCAUGGCUGGACCCCCACCCCCUGUCCCAGCUUCAGCACGUAGGGCCACAGAUGGUCCCCUCAGAACUCAUGGCCCUGAGCCCUUUCACCCUGCUCCUUUGCAUGACCAAGGCCCCAUGGAGAUAGAAACGUGUAACCCCCAGACUGCAGCUCAGGAGCAGAGCUUUUCUAACCUCACAGGUUCACAUCCUUCUAGCCCCUCCUCUCUGCCAGCAGUGCGCAGGACAAUACCCGUGCUUCUGCUGUACAGUAUCAGAGAGGUGGAUGACAAGUCCUCAGGGCAGGCGUUUGCUCAAAUGAACAACCUCAUGAGCAAAGGACUCCAUGAUGAGGGCUUUACAGUGCCACAGAUUAUAGAGAUGGAGUUUGACACACAUGAGCAGCUUCUUCUUCAGGAUCCACCAAUCACUUACAUUCAGCAGUUCGCUGACGCAGCAACUAAUCUUGCGGGGCUGGAUGGUCAUGUGGACAAAUGGAGCACGCUAGCUGCUUCUACGGUUUCUGCCCCACCUCGCCCCGGGGCACUGGUGCAGUGCUUGAGGCUUCCCAAACAGCUUGAGGAGGAGAAUCUUUAUGUGGACUCCAUCACACCCUGCUGGGACGGUGUGCACCUUCUGGUCGGCCUUCAGCCGUGUGGCGCCGAAUCUCUCAGUGCUACAAACCAAGUAGAAGCUCUCAACAAUCUCAACCGCCUGCACUCUGCCCUUUGCAGCCAGGGUAAAGGAGACCCCCUACAUCCAGUGGCCAAUGGGGUGGAAGGCCACCACCCAGGGGGCUCACCACCUCAGACUCCCCUCAUCCUUCCCCCAGGGGACCAGCAGCAGCAGCCGCAAAGGUCCCCAAGCGGGGGGAGCGGAGGCUAUCUUGCACUCUACAAGCUCAACUACUCCACCCGCAUAGUCACCUUGGACGAGGAACCAAUCAAAGUGCUGCAGAUCUGGGACCCUUCUGAUGCAAUUACCUCCCUUAUUUUGCUUCCUCCAGAUGUGCUGGAUAGCAGGGAGGAUGAUGGAGAGGAGACCUCUGAGGAGACUCUCCCCUCUGUGUCAAAGAAUGGUUCAUCUGGCUUUGGCAUGGGCCCUGCAGGCUCUGCUGUUUCUGGUACUGGGACUGCAUGUGGAGCAGCCACAACCAGCAGCAGCGCUACUGCCACCAGUCCCUCCACCUCUGGCUCAGGCCAAAAAGAGGGCAAACGGUUAGAGGUUGCAGGUCUGGGCCACCUGGUGGUGACCACAAGGGCGGGGUUCAUUAUGAUACUGGACCUGUCCACGUUGGAGGUUCUGGCCAAGGUGGAGCCGCCUAAAAAGGAGGGAUCAGCAGAUGAGAUGGACCCGUUUGUCUCAGUAACCUAUUGCUCUGGGACUGACCGCCUUUGUGCCUGUACCAAAGGCGGAGAACUUCAUUUCCUUCAAAUUGGAGGUGUGUGCGACGAUAUAGAUGAUGGAGACAUGUUUAUUGAUGGCCCCCUUUCUAAAGGGGCUGAACUGCUGCUUGAGGGGGGCAAGCCCUCCUCCAACCCCUCUAGUCCUGGGAUCACAGGAGUGGACCUCCUAGUGGAUCAGCCGCUGACCACAGAGAGCCUAAUGUCACUGGUGGAGCUGACACGGUUCGAGACACUGACCCCCCGCUUCUCAGCCACAGUGCCGCCAUGCUGGGUUGAGGUGCAGCAAGAACAGCAGCAGCGACGGCACCCACAGCACCUUCACCAGCAGCACCAUGGAGAUGCAGCCCAACACACACGCACGUGGAAGCUUCAGAGUGAUAGCUCCAGCUGGGAUGAGCACGUGUUUGAGCUGGUGCUACCCAAGGCCUGCAUGGUGGGCCACGUGGACUUCAAGUUUGUCCUGAAUGCCAACAUCGUCAACAUUCCUCAGAUCCAGGUCACUCUGCUGAAGAACAAAGCACCCGGGCUGGGGAAAGUCAGCGAGACUGCAGUGGACAGACAGAUCUCAUUCCCCCUCUCCAGCGUUCUUCAUGCCAAUGGAGAGAGGAACGGCCAGCCUCUGCUGCAUGACUUCUCAGAGGACAUCCAGUUUAUGGACAUCGAGGACACAUCAGGCUCCAUGCUCUGUCCAUUUCUAGAGGACCACAAGGAGGACAUCCUGUGCGGUCCAGUGUGGCUGGCCAGUGGGCUGGACCUCUCUGGUCAUGCAGGCAUGCUCAGCCUCACCAGUCCCAAGCUGGUCAAAGGCAUGGCAGGAGGGAAGUAUCGCUCCUUCCUGGUUCACAUUAAAGCAGUGAGUGACCGCAGCAUGGAGGAGAGCCCCCGACCUGUGUUAAGAAUGCCGAGUGCCAAACCCCAGGGCACCAAAGCCCACUCCCUGUCUACACUGCUGCAGCGAGCACAGGCCUCCAAGGAGAAGGUCUCUGCAGUGAAGACUGAGAGCUCAGUGCCCUCAAAGAAAGUUGAAAACUUGCGAGGAUGCGACCUCCUGCAGGAAGUUUCCGUCACAAUCAGAAGGUUCAAGAAGACAUCAAUACCCAAAGAAAGGGUCCAACGCUGUGCUAUGCUGCAGUUUCUGGACUUCCAUGAGAAGCUGUUGGACGCGCUGUGUCGGCGGACAGAGGGCAGUUCAGCUACUGAGCAUGCCCAAAGCCUCAUCUUAGACAUCUUAUGCUGGCUGGCUGGGGUUUUCUCUAACGGUCCAUGCAGUUUGAGAGAAGGAAAGGAGGGCCUGCUCGCAAAAACCCGGACGCGACUAACAGAUAUUGUGCGGAUGUGUUUUUUUGAGGCUGGCCGGAGCAUAGCUCACAAGUGUGCUCGCUUUCUUGCACUUUGUAUAAGCAAUGGGAAAGGGGACCCCAGUCAACAGGGUUUUGGCAUGAGUCUGCUGAAGGCUCUGUUGGAUAAUAUGCCUUACUUGCCUGCAGCAGCAACAGGUGGCUCGGUGUUCUGGUACUUCGUGUUGCUGAACUAUGUGAAGGAAGAGGACCUGGCGGGCUGCAGCACUGCCUGUGCCUCCCUACUCACCGCCAUCUCUCGACAGCUGCAGGACCGCCUCACGCCGCUGGAGGCACUUCUGCAGACCCGGUACGGCCUUUACAGCUCUCCAUUUGACCCCGUGCUCUUUGACCUGGAGGUCAGCGGUUCCUCCUGUAAGAAUGCAUUCAACAGCAGCAUUGGAGUCCAGUCAGAUGAGAUCGACCUCUCUGACAUUCUCUCAGGGAAUGGAAAAGUAAGCAGCUGUGCAGCAGCAGAGGGCAGCUUUACAGCUUUAACAGGACUCCUGGAGGUGGAGCCUUUGCACUUUACUUGUAUCUCCACCAGUGAUGGUACACGGGUGGAACGUGAUGAUGCCAGCAUGUUCACUGUGAGUACAUUCGGCGUGACGCCGACUGUGGGUGGCCUGUCAACAGGGACUGUGGGUGAAGCUUCCACAGCUCUCAGCUCUGCUGCCCAGGUGGCGCUCCAAUCACUCUCCCACGCUAUGGUGUCUGCAGAGCAGCAGCUGCAGGUCCUGCAAGAGAAGCAGCAGCAACUACUGAAGCUGCAGCAGCAGAAGGCCAAGCUGGAGGCCAAACUGCAUCAGACCACCUCUGUUGCCGCCGCUGCCUCAGGCGUGGGGCCCAUCCACAACUCUGUGCCUUCCAACCCCUCCUCUGCUCCGGGCUUCUUCAUACACCCUUCUGACGUUAUCCCACCAACACCUAAAACCACACCCCUAUUCAUGACCCCUCCUCUCACGCCACCCAACGAAGCGGUAUCAGCAGCCUUCAGUGCUGAGCUGGCUCACCUGUUCCCCGGCUCCAUGAUGGACCCCGGGCCUGUCAACCUUGCAGCACACAAGAACACCCAGAAGGCCAAACCGAGCCCCAUGGGUAGCGGUCUGGCCUUGGCUAUUUCCCAGGCAUCUCACUUCUUGCAGCCUCCUCCACACCAGUCCAUCAUCAUAGAGAGGAUGCACUCUGGAGCUCGACGCUUCGUCACGCUGGACUUCGGUCGUCCCGUGCUCCUGACCGACGCUCUCAUCCCAACAUGCAGUGAUCUGGCCUCGCUGUCCAUCGACAUCUGGACGCUGGGGGAGGAAGUGGAUGGCCGCAGGCUGGUGGUGGCCACGGACAUCAGCACCCACUCCCUCAUUCUUCACGACCUGCUGCCACCACCUGUGUGCAGGUUCAUGAAGAUCACUGUGAUUGGUCGCUAUGGCAGCACUAAUGCUCGGGCAAAGAUCCCGCUGGGCUUCUACUAUGGCCACACUUACAUCCUUCCAUGGGAGAGUGAGCUGAAGUUGAUGCAUGAUCCUCUGCGGGGAGAGAGUGAUGCAGCGAGUCAACCAGAUGUGGAUCAGCACCUGACCAUGAUGGUGGCGCUGCAGGAAGACAUCCAGUGCAGGUAUAAUCUGGCUUGUCAUCGACUGGAGACCCUUUUGCAAAACAUCGACCUCCCGCCCCUCAACAGCGCCAACAAUGCUCAGUACUUCUUAAGAAAGCCAGACAAAGUGGUGGAGGAGGACCAGCGGGUUUUCUCAGCCUAUCAGGACUGCAUUCAGCUUCAGUUGCAGCUCAACCUUGCUCACCAUGCAGUCCAGAGGCUGCGUGUGUCACUGGGUGCCAGCCGCAAGUCUCUUCCUACCCCUGGGGCUGCAGAGACUCAGGAGCUAGUCCACAACUCAUCCACUGAGCAGCUGAGGACCAUCAUCCGCUACCUUCUGGACACACUGCUGGGCCUGUUGCACUCCAACAAUGGCUACUCGGUGCCUUCAGUGUUGCAGAGUACCUUCCAUGCUCAGGCCUGUGAGGAACUCUUCAAACACCUUUGCAUCAGUGGUACGCCUAAGAUCCGUCUUCAUGCUGGCCUGCUGUUGGUGCAGCUCUGUGGAGGCGAGCGCUGGUGGGGCCAGUUCCUCUCUAACGUACUGCAGGAGCUCUACAACUCAGAGCAGCUACUCAUCUUCCCUCAGGACAGGGUCUUCAUGCUCCUGUCGUGCAUCGGCCAAAGAUCAUUGAGUAACAGUGGAGUGUUGGAGGGCCUCCUGAACCUCUUAGACAGCCUGCUUUCUCCACUGCAGCAGCCUCAAGCAGCUGCACAGCGCAGGACCGAAGGUGUCUUGGAUAUCCCCAUGAUCAGCUGGGUAGUCAUGCUGGUUUCCAGGCUGUUGGACUAUGUGGCCAGCAUAGAAGAUGAGGCAUCAAAUGGGAAGAAGAACCUAGCAGGGAAAGAGCGUGAGAGAAGUUUGACAGGUAUUCAGUGGAGCUUCAUCAACAACAGUCUUCAGUCUCAGAACUCCAGCAGGUCAGCUAAAGGCAGCAGCAGCCUCGAUCGACUCUACUCACGCAAGAUCCGUAAGCAGCUUGUCCACCACAAGCAGCAGUUAAAUCUAUUGAAAGCAAAGCAGAAAGCUUUGGUGGAGCAGAUAGAGAAGGAGAAGAUCCAGAGUAACAAAGGCUCCUCUUACAAACUCCUGGUGGAACAGGCCAAGCUCAAACAAGCCACAUCCAAGCACUUUAAAGAUCUGAUCCGUCUGCGACGGACAGCCGAAUGGCCCCGCUCUACAUUGGACACCGAGGCCACGACAGCCAAAGAAGCCCCAGAAGUAGAACCCCUGCCCUUUACUCUGUCCCAUGAACGCUGCAUCUCUGUGGUGCAGAAGUUGGCCCUCUUCCUCCUCUCUAUGGACUUCACCUGCCACGCUGACCUGCUGCUCUUCGUCUGCAAGGUUCUUGCCAGGAUAGCCAACGCCACAAGACCCACAAUCCACCUGUGCGAGGUAGUGUCUGAGCAGCAGCUGGAACGUCUGCUGCUUCUGCUUGUUGGGACCGACUUCAACCGAGGGGACAUCUCCUGGGGGGGCGCAUGGGCCCAGUACUCUCUAACAUGCAUGCUACAGGACAUCCUGGCAGGUGAGCUGCUGUCUCCAGGCUCUCUGGAUGUCAUGGAUGAAGUGGCGGUGGGCGAGGAGGCCGGGGCAUCCUCCUCCUCAGCAGGGGCCGAUUCGGACGACUCCCUGCCCCAGCCGGCCCCCAUCCCCCUGGUAGAGAGCAUCGAUGAGGCCCUGGUACCGGAUAUCAUCGCAGGUACUACUGGGAGCUCCUCAGUUUUUCAAAGUGCUCCACCUCUGUCAUCUUUGGAAAAAGAUAAAGACAUAGACUUUGACUUGCUACAAGACCUGAUGGAUGUUGAUAUUGAUCCUUUAGAUAUUGAUUUGGAAAAAGAUCCACUUGCUGCCAAAGUGUUCAAGCCUAUAAGCAGCACCUGGUAUGACUACUGGGGGGCUGACUAUGGCACUUAUGGGUACAACCCGUAUGUUGGAGGGGUCGGUAUCCCAGUGUCUAAACCUCCAGUGGCUGCAGAGAAGCCAGGGUCUCAGAGUCUGUCAGUGUCUGUGUCCCAAGCUCUGGAUGCUCGGUUAGAAGUGGGACUAGAGCAGCAGGCUGAGCUCAUGCUGAAAAUGAUGGCGACUCUGCAGGCUGACUCCAUUCUCCAGGCCCUCUCCUCAAGCUCAUCCACAGGUGAGGAUGCAUCAAUAAAGCACACUGGAGUGAGCCAGGCCUCCAAUGGGACUGAUGACUCCCUGCUGAGAGCUCUCCAUGGAGGAGGCUCUCCUCCUGUAAGCAGCCUGAUCCAGCCCUCCUCCAUCCCUAUGCUCAGUGCCUGCUUUAAUAAGCUCUUCUCCAUGCUGCAAGUCCACCAUGUACAGCUGGAGUCUCUGCUGCAGCUGUGGUUAACGCUCAGUCUCAACACGUGUUCUGGAGCAAAUGAAGAGAGUGGAUCAGACAUCUUCUUGUUCAAUGCAAGCAGAGUGCCCACCAUCCCGCUCAACCAAGCAUCCAUCAGCAGUUUCCUGACGGUGCUGGCGUGGUAUCCCAACACCUCCCUGAGAACAUGGUGUCUGGUGCUGCACUCUCUCACCCUGAUGACCAACAUGCCAGCCUGCACCUCCAGUAAUGGAAUGGGCUCUCAGGAAAGCACAGCCCAGCAGAUGGUUUCUGAUCCCACCCUGGUUCACGUCCUGGUGCGCUUCCUGUCCGGGAGCAGCACAAACGGGACAAGCCAGCACAGCUCUCAGGUGGGACCCACGGCCACCCAGGCCAUGCAUGAGUUUCUGAGCCGCCUGCAGGUCCACUUGUCCUCGACAUGCCCCCAAAUGUUCAGCGAGUUCCUGCUCAAACUCAUGCACAUCCUUUCUACUGAGAGGGGUCCGUUCCAGUCAGGUCAGGGUCCACUGGACGCCCAAGUGAAACUGCUGGAGUUUACUCUUGAGCAAAACUUUGAGGUGGUGUCUGUGGCCACAAUCUCCUCUGUCAUCGAGUCCAUAACAUUCCUGGUUCACCACUACAUCACUUGCUCUGACAAGCUGGUGUCCCGCAGCGGCUCCGACAGCUCUGUGGGUGCCCGGGCGUGUUUUGGCGGACUCUUUGCAAACAUCAUCCGGCCUGGCGACGCAAAGGCUGUGUGUGGUGAAACGACCCGUGAUCAACUGAUGUUCGACCUCCUUAAGCUGGUCAACGUGCUGGUGCAGCUGCCUCUGUCCGGAGACCGAGAGUUCAGUGGACGUUUGCCGCCGGCCGGCAGCGGAGCGAGUGACAGCAGCGUGUCAGAUGAAGAGAAGGUCUGUGGCAGCAAAGAAAGCGUAGCUGGUGGAUCCACAUCCAGUCAGGGGCCUCCUGCAGGCGUGGCUGACUUGGUGCUAGCCAAUCAGCAGAUUAUGAGCCAGAUCUUGUCAGCACUGGGUCAGUGCAACAGCAGUGCCAUGGCCAUGAUAAUAGGAGCCAGCGGCCUUCAUCUGACUAAACACGAGAACUUCCACGGAGGUCUGGAUGCCAUCUCUGUAGGUGACGGCCUCUUCACUAUCCUCACCACACUCAGCAAGAGAGCCACAUCAGUCCAAGUCAUGCUCCAGCCCAUCCUCACAUACAUGGCCUGUGGUUACAUGGGCAGACAGGGUUCUCUCUCCACCUGUCAGCUGUCGGAGCCUCUUCUUUGGUUCAUACUAAGAGUGUUGGACACCAGCGAGGCUCUCAGGGCCUUCCAUGACAUGGGUGGUGUGCAGCUGAUUUGUAACAACAUGGUGACCAGCACCCGGGCCAUCGUGAACACGGCCCGCAGCAUGGUGUCCACCAUCAUGAAGUUUUUAGAUUCGGGUCCUGGAAAGGCAGCAGACGGAAACCUGAAGGCCAGAGUGAUGACGUCGGAGCCGGACAACGCUGAGGGACUUCACAACUUUGCUCCCUUAGGCACCAUCACAUCAAGCAGCCCCACAGCCCAGCCGGCAGAGGUCCUCCUCCAAGCCACACCCCCACAUCGCAGAGCCCGCUCAGCAGCCUGGUCCUACAUCUUCCUGCCUGAAGAGGCCUGGUGUGACCUUACCAUCCACCUCCCUGCUGCUGUGCUGCUAAAAGAGCUCCACAUCCAGCCUCACCUUGCCUCUCUAGCCACCUGCCCAUCCUUAGUAUCUGUAGAGAUCAGUGCUGACGGGGUCAACAUGUUGCCACUCUCCACCCCGGUUAUCACCAGCGGCCUGACCUACAUUAAGAUCCAGUUGGUAAAAGCGGAAGUUGCAUCAGCUGUUUGCCUGAGGCUGCAUCGGCCUCGUGAUGCCAGCACCCUGGGUCUAUCCCAGAUCAAACUCUUGGGGCUGACGGCGUUUGGUAACACCUCCUCUGCGACUGUCAAUAACCCCUUCCUGCCCUCCGAGGACCAGGUCUCUAAAACCAGCAUCGGAUGGCUGCGUCUUCUCCACCAUUGUCUCACCCACGUCAGUGACCUGGAGGCCAUGAUGGCCAGUGCCGCAGCACCCACAGCCAACUUGCUGCAGACCUGCGCUGCAUUGCUCAUGUCACCUUACUGCGGCAUGCAUUCGCCAAACAUUGAGGCGGUGCUGGUCAAGAUCGGGCUUCAGUCCACUCGCAUCGGGCUCAAACUCAUUGACAUUCUUCUGAGAAACUGUGCCGCCUCGGGCACUGACCCAGCCAAUUUGAACAGCCCUCUGCUCUUUGGACGACUGAACGGCCUCUCCUCAGACUCCACCAUCGAUAUUUUGUAUCAGCUAGGCACCACACAAGACACUGGAACCAAAGACAGGAUCCAGGCUCUACUCCAGUGGGUCCACGACUCUUCCCGCGUAGCAGCACACAAAAUCAGCGGCCCCAUGGGAUAUAUUGGAGCCGGACCCAGCUCUUCCUCUGCUUCAUCCAGGGAGUAUGGCCUCCUCAUGCCUUCGCCCUCACAUCUCCACUGUGUGGCCGCCAUCCUGUGGCAUAGUUACGAGCUGCCUGUCGACUACGACCUGCCUGCCCUGCUCAACAGAGAGCUCUUUGAGCUGCUGUAUAACUGGUCCAUGUCAUUGCCGUGCAACAUAGUACUGAAGAAAGCUGUGGACAGCCUGCUGUGCUCCAUGUGUCACAUCCACCCCAGCUACUUCUCCCUGCUCAUGUCCUGGAUGGGGAUCGUUUCAGCGCCCACAGUCAGUCACUCUCAAGCCCAGCAUCACCGUCUUUCCAUGACCGACGACGGCAAAAAGCAACACGAUGCAAACACCAACGCUGCAGGCCUAACCGAUGAUUCCAAGCAUGCGAGACCCCCCAUUAACCUGUCAGAGUCCCAGUUAACCACGCUGGCUGCUGCCUCUCAGUCUCCAGGGGCCAUAGAGCAGCUGCUGGACUCAGGCUUACCCUCACUGCUGGUGCGCAGCCUUGCCCAGUUCUGUGUCAGCCUCCUGGCCAGUGCAGAUCUGCCUCUGCCCGCCGCUCAGACCGAGAGAAGACAUCACCACCACCACUACCACUCAUCCUCAUCAGCAUCACACAGUCGGCCUCCUUUGGCUGCAGAGCUGGCCGCUCCGGUGCUCCGCUUCCUGACUGAAGUGGGCAACAGUCACGCCAUGAAAGACUGGUUAGGAGGACCAGAGGUGAACCCGCUGUGGACCGCACUGCUUUUCCUGCUGUGUCAUUCCAGUGCCAGUGCCAGUGCCAGUACCGGUGCCAACGCAAGCUGUCAGCCUCUGGGGUCUGGAUCUGCAGCAGGUCCCCCUCCACCCCAACCUCAGCCUUCAGGGUCCCGCUACUCCCUGGCCUCAUCUGGACAGGCAGGAGGACUCACCACCCAGCAGAGGACAGCUCUGGAGAACGCCACCGUGGCCUUCUUCCUCCAGUGUAUCUCCUGCCACCCAAACAACCAGCGGCUCAUGGCACAGGUACUCUGUGAGCUCUUCCAGUCUGCCCCUCAGCGAGGAAACGUCCCCAUCUCUGGAAACAUAUCAGGCUUCAUCCGGAGGCUUUUCCUGCAGCUAAUGCUGGAGGAUGAGAAAGUCACAGUCUUCCUGCAGUCUCCCUGCCCGUUAUAUAAAGGACGCAUUAACGCCACCAGCCACAUGAUCCAGCAUCCCAUGUACGGAGCGGGACACAAGUACCGAACCCUCCAUCUGCCUAUCUCCACUACACUGGCUGAAGUCCUGGACCGGGUUUCAGACACGCCAAGCAUCACAGCUAAACUGAUCAAUGAGCAGAAGGAAGACAAGGAGAAGAAGAAUCAUGAGGAGAAGGAGAAGAUGAAGGCAGACAGCGGCUUCCAGGACAACUACAGUGUUGUUGUGGCUUCAGGCUUGAAGUCCCAGUCCAAGCGAGCCCUCUCAACUCCCCCCAGACCUCCAUCAAGGAGGGGCCGUGUGAUGAGUGACAAGUUGACUGCUUCAUCUGGUGUUGACCCCUCAGCCAAAACCAUCAGCGUGCCUGUCUUCCACCUCUACCACAAGCUUCUUCCAGGUCAGCCCCUUCCGCCUGAGAUGACCCUAGCCCAACUGCUGACACUUUUGUAUGACCGCAAGUUGCCCCAAGGCUACCAGUCAAUCAACCUGACAGUCAAGCUGGGCUCCAAGGUCAUCUCUGACCCAGGCCUGUCCAAGACGGAUUCCUUCAAGAGGCUACGCACUGAGAAAGGUCCUCUCUUUGCUCUCCUUGCAGUUGACCACUGUGACAUGCUGAACAGCUGUCCCGAGGACGAACCAAUGACACCUGGUGAAGAAUGUCUGGACGCCGCCACCGAUGAGUCCCUGCUGGAGACCAACCCCAUCCAGUCACCGCUGCAGGUCUUUGCGGGCAUGGGAGGCCUCGCCCUCAUCGCAGAGAGGCUGCCAAUGCUCUACCCUGAUGUCAUUCAGCAGGUCAGCGCCCCGGUGGUACCCUCCGCCUCACAAGAGAAGCCCAAGGACAGCGACCAGUUCGAGUGGGUGACCAUUGAGCAGUCGGGCGAGCUGGUUUAUGAGGCGCCCGAAUCGAUCGCCACCGAGCCCCCACCCAUCAACAAGCAGCAGUCGCAGUCGUCCUCAUCGUCAUCUUCCUCCGUACAGACCAUGUCGCCCAUCCCUGCCCACUCACUGGCAGCUUUUGGCCUGUUCUUGCGCCUCCCAGGAUACGCAGAGGUGCUGCUGAAGGAGAGGAAGCAUGCCCAGUGUCUGCUGCGCCUGGUGCUGGGGGUCACAGACGACGGAGAGGGCAGUCAUAUCCUGCAGUCUCCAUCAGCCAAUGUCCUGCCCACGCUACCUUUCCAUGUUCUGAGAGCAUUGUUCAGCAGCACCCCACUGACCACAGACGAUGGCGUCCUGCUGCGCCGCAUGGCUCUCGAGAUCGGCGCCAUCCACCUCAUCCUGGCCUGUCUGUCGGCUCUCAGUCAUCACGCCCCCCGCAACCCCAACGCCAACACCAGUGUGUCUGAGCCACAGAUGUCCAGUUGUCACGGUGGUGGGACCAGUGAGGAACAGCAGCUGUACUGGGCCAAAGGAACUGGUUUUGGUACUGGGUCCACAGCUUCAGGCUGGGACGUGGAGCAGGCCCUCACCAAACAGCGGCUAGAAGAGGAGCAUGUCACCUGUCUGCUGCAGGUUCUGGCGAGCUACAUCAACCCAGCAGGCUCCAGCAGCUGCCACAGUGCUGAUGCCUCUUCAGCAGACAGCAGAGCUCACAACAGCUCAGCUCUUCCAGCAGUGCUGCAGGAGCUGCUGAGCCAGUCCUGCCUCAUCCCUGCCAUGUCGUCCUACCUACGCAAUGACUCAGUUCUGGACAUGGCACGACACGUUCCUCUAUACCGGGCGCUACUGGAGCUGCUGAGGGCCAUUUCUACCUGCACAGCGCUGGUUCCUCUGUUGCUGCCUCUCUCUGGAGACCCUGGUGAGGACGAAGAGGAGGAGGAUGAAGAGCGCUCGGAGGGACAGACCUCUGUUGGGAUGCUGCUGGCCAAGAUGAAGACAUGUGUGGACACGUACACCAAUCGCCUCAGGUCAAAGAAAGACAAGAGUAAAGGUGUGGUGAAGACGGAGAGCUCAGAUCCAGAGCCAGAGGGUUUGACUCUGCUGGUUCCUGACAUCCAGAGGACAGCUGAGAUAGUCUACGCUGCGACCACCAGCCUUCGGCAGGCUAACCAGGAGAGGAAGCUGGUGGAGUCUUCCAGGAAGGUGACAAGUCGCCCUAAGCCCCAGUCCAGUCUGCGCUCUCUAGAGGAAAAAUAUGUCGCUGCCAUGAAGAAGCUGCAGUUUGACACCUUUGAGAUGGUCUCAGAGGACGAGGAUGGAAAAGUGAUGUUUAAGGUCAACUACCAUUACAUGUCUCAGGUGAAGAACGCCAGCGAUACCAACAGUGCGGCCAGAUCCCGUCGCCUGGCCCAGGAAGCAGUCACCCUGUCCACCUCUUUGCCCCUGUCAUCAUUUUCCAGCGUCUUCGUCCGCUGUGACGAGGAGAGACUUGACAUCAUGAAGGUUCUAAUCACAGGCCCAGCAGACACACCAUAUGCCAACGGCUGCUUCGAGUUCGAUGUGUACUUUCCCCAGGACUAUCCCAACUCUCCUCCUUUAGUCAACCUGGAGACAACGGGUGGACACAGCGUGCGCUUCAACCCUAACCUCUACAAUGAUGGCAAAGUGUGUUUAAGUAUCCUCAACACGUGGCAUGGGAGACCAGAGGAGAAAUGGAACCCACAGACCUCAAGCUUUUUACAGGUGCUGGUGUCAGUGCAGUCCCUCAUUCUGGUGGCUGAGCCCUACUUCAAUGAGCCCGGAUAUGAACGCUCCCGUGGGACCCCAAGUGGCACCCAGAGCUCACGGGAAUACGAUGGGAACAUCCGACAGGCCUCGGUCAAGUGGGCUAUGCUGGAGCAGAUGCGCAACCCUUCUCCAUGCUUCAAGGAGGUGAUCCAUAAACACUUCUACCUGAAGAGAGCAGAGAUCAUGGCUCAGUGUGAGGAGUGGAUCGCCGACAUCCAGCAGUACAGCAGUGACAAGAGGGUCGGCCGGACCAUGUCCCAUCAUGCCGCUGCUCUGAAGAGACACACCGCUCAGCUCAGAGAGGAGCUCCUGAAGCUGCCAUGCCCUGAGGGUCUGGAGCCUGACGGCGACGAGUUCUCUGAGAGGAGCGCCUCCCUCAUCCUCAAAGAGCUGCCCAAUCAGGACGCAGAGAAGCCGGGUGGCAGUCAGGACAGCCACUGCAGCGAGGGCCAGCUAUGAGUCCCCCCCCCCCCAGCAUCCCUAAACCUCCCUCCCCCUUCUCUUUAUGAUUAUUGCUCUGUAAAGACUCGACGGCUUUGAGCACAAGCCUCCACUUUGUCAAUAUUUGUAUGUAAAGAUCUAAUAGCAGAAUAAGAGACGAGGGGACGCGGGGAAGCAGAAGGUGACGAGACGAACUCUGAACUAUUCUACGCCCUUAAAGAAAACAGUCAACAAAAACUUUUCUUUACCUGUAAAGGAGUGUAAACAUUUUGUGCUUUUUCCAAUUGUGAUAUAACCACUGAUUGGUAUGUUAUUAAACUUGUUUAUGUAUACAUAAUGGCAGAGGAAAAUUACAGAUUAUAUAAGGGAAACUACCUUUAGAAAGAAUGUUUACUGAAUGUUCAUUUCCUUUUUUUUCUUUUGGACUGUUAGAGCGAGAACAGACCUAACCAAGGAGAAACCAGUCAGUCUUUAAGGAAACUGUUCAAAUAAAACACGCCAGGUGACCGAAUCAGACAUGAACCCCCCUCUGGUCGCCGAUGCUUCAUUUGUUUGCCCUGGGAUCAUAUCCACUGAAAUAAAAAACUGAGACGGACGUUCUUAAAUGCUAUGUUAUCCUUUUUAAAGGCUCCAAAUUAAAAAGCAUCAUGCUCUGGAUUAACAUUUGUUGCCUCUCAGAACUUCUCCAUGACCGUUCUUUUCCAUUGACAUGACUGUAGAUCGUAAGACUGUGUGUCAGAGCCUCAUGGGAAAUGUAUUUUGAAGGCUUGUGCAUGUGUAUGUGUGUUUUCUGUGCGUGUGCAACAAUCCCCAGUGAGAAACAAAGCUGUGAUGUGCCUUCUGAUCUACACCACACCACCAAAUACUCCAACCGAGUACCUUUACUGAUUUCUUUGCUAUUUCUACAGAAUUACUGAUUCUGCUCCGUCUGACAUUGAAACUGCUUUUGAUCUUUUUUAUUAUGUUGAACUCAAGUGAACAAAAAUGCACUUUCUAUUUUACUCACUCCUUAGAACAGUCACAUUCUCCUUUUGCUAGGACAUUAAA